AUGAAGUCUGUAUCUCCUAAUAGGAGUGAAAAUCAAUCAUUUGCCUUGAAACGAUGCGCUAUUGCAAGCCAAAACCAGAUAAGAGUUGAGGAUAUGAACAAGAGACAGAAAGUACAGUCAGGUGCAACAAUUCCUAUGAUUACAUACAAAAGAAAAGGAAAAGUUAAAAACUAUGACCAUCAGCUUCAAGAUCGGCCUAAAGAAGAGAAGGUAGCCAGUGUUGCAGAUAAAAGAAAAUGCAACUCCUGGGUAGGCGAUCAGCCUAUUGGAAAAAUGGCAUUCAGUGUUUCAGUGCCCACAGAUGCUGGCAUUGGAUGUGGAUCUGGAACAAAGAGUCUGAACAACAAUAUAGACAUGCCAGUGAUCAUCAACUCAAAUGCAGAGUAUGCAAGACGCCCUCCACCAGAAGCAAUAUGUUGGACGGGGUGCUUUCUUCUCUCUGAUGGAGAAAAAUUCAAUCUUGGUGAAUUUAAAGCAUACCACCCAUCUGUAGUAUCACCCAGAGUUUGUAAUAUCGCCAAGAAGAUGCCUAGUAAUAUGCAAUUGAAGAUAUCACCUCGAAAGAAUUACUGGCCAAAGACGUUUGAGAAAAUCUCUCCAGUUUAUGAAGACAUUGCCUUGUUAUUUUUCCCUGCUGAAGUUGACCGUUGGAACAAGAAGCAUCCUUGUCUUGUGGAUACGCACUGCGGUUUUGUCAUGCACGCAUAUAUCGAUGACAUGAUGUUGUUGAUCUAUUCCUCUGAAGUGCUUCCACCUGAUUGUCAGGGGAUAGACGGAAAGAGUUACUUAUGGGGAGUUUUUGUGAAGCCAAAGUCAAAGAGCAAUCAUGCACGGUUAGGUUCAGUUGCUACAUGA